CACAGAGCAGGCAUUCAUAGUGGGGCAGCGCGAGCGAGAAGGGUGGGGAGUGAGCGCGAGCGUCACUUUGGAAACUCUGGAACACACGGACUCUCGUGCUUAUCGGGCGACCUCGUUUUUCACUGCAGAAGACGUUUCCUGAGCAUACAAGUACAGAAAAAACAAAAGAAUAGCGGACUGCUGGACCCAGACAACAUUUUGAGACAGGUGAACUGAGGUCUAAAACACGCGGCGUGCGAAUGAUACCAGCAACACGGAUGGAAAUACCUUUGAUGUGGAAUCCUAAUAGAGUUUUGGAACGGACGCUGAGAGUUGAGACGGACUGGGAGUUUAUAUAAAGGAGACCUCGAGGGAGGGUAGUAUCACCUGGGUUUCGACAUCAGGUUAAAGUGGUCUCCUUCGUUCUUAAUAAACUUAGAAAACACUUUGACGUCAUAUCAAGAUAACUUAGGCCACUAAUACCAUUAGAUCAAGGAAUUUCAAUACUUACCGGAGGACGGAGAAAGUUAUUCUGAAAUAAGGAAGACAAGAUGUCAGGAGAGGAGCAAAGUUUGUCUGAGGUGGAGAUGAGUCCUGGAGUCUCGGACGACGGCCAGUCUUUGUCACCGGGGCACUCCUCCGGUGCCACAGGCGGAGGAGACUCACCUUUGCCCGGACAGCAGUCUCAGCUGACGGGGGUCGGUGACGAGGCUUCCGGUGUGACUGAUGGCCUCUCCAUAAAGUCUGAUGAAGAUGACGACCGGUUUCCCAUUGGUAUCCGCGAGGCAGUGAGCCAGGUGCUAAACGGCUACGACUGGACCCUCGUGCCGAUGCCAGUGCGCGUGAACUCCGGCAGCAAGAGCAAACCGCACGUGAAGAGACCAAUGAACGCUUUCAUGGUGUGGGCCCAGGCAGCCAGGCGGAAGCUGGCUGACCAGUACCCUCACCUACACAACGCUGAGCUCAGUAAAACGCUGGGAAAACUGUGGAGACUACUGAACGAAAGCGACAAGCGUCCCUUUAUCGAGGAAGCGGAGCGUCUGAGGAAACAGCACAAGAAGGACUACCCCGAGUACAAGUACCAGCCGCGCCGCCGCAAGAACGGCAAGCCGGGCUCCAGCUCUGAGGGGGACGGCCACUCGGAGGGAGAGGUCAGCCACAGCCAGUCCCACUACAAGAGCCUCCACCUGGAGGUGGUGCACACCGGGGGAACGGGGUCUCCGCUAGGCGACGGACACCACCCUCACGCUGCAGGUCAGAGCCACAGCCCCCCCACACCACCCACCACCCCCAAGACAGAGCUGCAGUCUGGGAAGUCUAGCGAAGGGAAGCGGGAGAGCGGCGUGGCCGGGGGCUCCCGCGGGGUCAUGGGGGUGGGAGCAGAGUGUGCCACCGGGUCGGGGUCAGGCCCUGGGAAACCCCACAUCGACUUCGGCAACGUGGACAUCGGGGAGAUCAGCCACGAGGUCAUGGCCAACAUGGAGCCCUUCGACGUCAACGAAUUCGACCAGUACCUUCCCCCGAACGGGCACCCGUCAGUGGGGCAGGGCGCUGGAGCGGUGGCGGGCUCCUCCGCCUCCCCGUACGCCUACGGCAUCUCCUCCGCGCUGGCCGCCGCCAGCGGACACUCUGCCGCCUGGUUGUCCAAGCAGCACCAGCAGCACCAGAACCAGCACCACGGAUCACCGCUGGGUUCGGACCCCUCCAAGGCCCAGAUCAAGAGUGAGUCCGGCCCGGGGGCCCAUUUCUCAGAGGCCUCCUCGGUGCCAGGCUCCCACGUCACCUACACCCCUCUCAGCCUUCCCCACUACAGCUCAGCCUUCCCUUCGCUGGCCUCCAGGGCUCAGUUUGCAGAGUACGCCGAUCACCAGGCGUCCGGGGCCUACUACGCUCACUCCAGCCAGGCUCCCGGCCUCUACUCUGCCUUCUCCUACAUGGGGCCCAGCCAGAGGCCCCUGUAUACGGCCAUCAGUGACCCGGCCAGCGUGCCCCAGUCACACAGCCCCACGCACUGGGAGCAGCCCGUCUACACCACACUGUCUCGGCCGUGACCCGUGUGGGGAGGUGGGGACACAGGGCUCAGUCACGACCACAGCAGAACUGAAGAGUAGUGGCAGGGGGUGUGACCAGGGCUGGGGGGAGGCGGAGGGGGGAGGCUGAAGCGGAGGAGGUGAUGAUCCUGGUCCUCCCCAGGUGAUGAGCAGCCUGGGUGGUUUGUGGGACAGUCUGAUGUGUUCACAUUUCAAUGAGACUGUUACACCCCUGAUUACUAUGGCAACUCAAAUAGACAAAGCCCAUCUUGGAUAUUCUUAAACCCUGAAAGAUUAUCACUAUAAAUGUUUCAUUUAUGGAAGAGAACCUGAUGUGCCAAAUUGUUUGGCUAGCCCAUUCACAUCUCAGGCAAGUUGAAAAACAGAUCAUUUUAUAUGAUCUAGAACAACAUCCAAUAUUAAAUCAAUAUUUUGUUUGAUAAAUCUGUAAUGUAAUAGUGUAAUGACAGUUGGAAUUCUUCUUUUGUGUGUUUCAUCCAUGAACAGGACCAAAGUUUUGAGACCAAAAUUUUAGAUUUAAUAGAGAGAUUUAAUAUUUUCAUGAUGUUUUGAAGUAAAACCAGACCGAGAGAAGCAGAUAUUAGUUGGCCACAGCUUUGUUGAAUCCCCUGGUGAUACAAAUCCUCUAUUUCUGACAUCUUUUAUUCUUCUUUCUUUAAUCUGACAUCCUCUAUUGAGUAAUUUGAUUGAGCAUUUCAAAACCGUGCUAAACAGUUUGGCAAAUAUAUGUUACAUAAGAUUCAUGACGAACAGUAAAAAAUUUUAAUAAUCCUUUUUACUAACCAAAAUUAAGGUAAUUCUGUUGAGGAAUUCAAACAUUCUUUUCAUUGUUAAUAAUCUUAACUAUUAAUUUCAUUGUUGACAGUAAAUCGUUUUUUUCCAUUACUACACUGUAUAGUCUCCAUUACUACACUGUAUAGUCUCCAUCACUGUGUUUUUUGACAUGUUUGACAUGUGUAUAUAGAGUAUUCAGUGUACAAUGGCAGGAGUGUAGAUAGUUGCUGUGUGUUAUCUUUGCUAUCCGUCAAAGGGCUCACCUGGGGGCUCACCUGGGUGCUCACCUGGGGGCUCACCUGGGUGCUCACCUGGGGGCUCACCUGGGUGCUCACCUGGGGGCUCACCUAGGUGCUCACCUGGGGGCUCACCUGGGUGCUCACCUGGGGGCUCACCUGGGGGCUCACCUGGGGGCUCAUCUGGGUGCUCACCUGGGGGCUCACCUGGGGGCUCACCUGGGUGCUCAUCUGGGUGCUCAUCUGGGUGCUCAUCUGGGUGCUCACCUGGGGGCUCACCUGGGGGCUCACCUGGGUGCUCAUCUGGGUGCCAUCACUUCAACACAGUUGCUUGAGAUUGAAAAGAGCAGGAACGCGUGCAUGAAUGAGAUAAUGGGUUUAAAAGAGCGUGAGUGAUAAGUGUCUUUAAACCAGCCUUUGGCCAAACUAAAAGAUUGCCAGCCACACGUGUAAUACAGAGAAACAGCAAUCUAUGUAGUUAUUUUUCUAAAAACAGUCAAUUUUUUUGGAACAUUCUUGCCAUACUGACUUUAUCUUAUAUUUAACUGACUUGUGAAACUGUCCUUGUUUGGGAUUGUGCCAUUAAAUUUUCCUCUUCAGAACCUUGAAGAACUCCCAGCAAAGGAAACCGGUUGGGUUCUUUUACAUUUUACACUUGACAUUUGAUUCAUUUAGCUUAUAAAACAAAAAUCUGAAGCAACAUUCCUAACCCUAAACAAAUAGAAACAUCUAGAAAGGGCAUUCUUUAUGUCUUCACUCUGCCUGCUCUCGGUGUAUUGUGAUAGUUUCACCUGGAAAUAAAUGUUCCCUUGCUCUGUCAAACACAUCCUCCACACCUCAGACCAGCCCCUGAGGCAGCUGGGAAGCCCUCCAUCUCUUAAUUGGGCGCUAACUUGUGACAUAUUGACCUUGUUCAAAUAUAAGAUUCUGAUAUGUUAUUAUUCGAAACAAGAUCCUCUCCCACUAUCUAUCGUGACAGGCAGUGCUUCACGUUCUCUCUCGUUCGACUGUGUUGUCUCCUGAGCGUUCAUGCUAACACUUUGAAAUCUUGCUUUCCUCAAGUAAAGGAGCUCAUUAUGUUAGACAUCCCAUAUUUUGCCACAUUGUGAGAAAACACUUGUUUUGACUUUUAAGAUUAUUAUUUAUAUAUGCUGGUGUCAUGUUUUUAUGCGUGUUAUGUUUUUAUGCGCUGUUAACAGUUUUUUUCUUCUCCAACAUGUUGAAAACCUCUGGACUGUUACCUUGGCCGACUCGUCAUUCUCAUGUUGCUAUUUUGUAUUUUUCCUGAGUUAAGUUGACAGUUGAACGAGCGUGUAAAUACUAGCAAAGACAAAGCAGUAGAGAUGUGAUAACUAAUGACCCUCUCACACUAAAUAAAUCUGUAU